GAGCACAAGUAUUUUACGCGUUGCCGUCGAUGGUCAUACUGACACAGAAAAUGCAAAAAAAGUAAGAGCGAAAAAGAGCUGGCGUAGGCGUGACAAACGGUGAAAAAUAAGCGUUUAUAGUGCAUGCAAAAAUAUUGAACACCACAGUGAAGCGUCGCUUGUGCAAACCCCGGUAAAAGUACCCUCGAAACACACAGAUAGCUAGCUCGGCGCUUGGCGGCCAUUCAAAUGAAUAGUCCUCGCACAAACGCCGUCAAUGGCGGCAGCGGCGGCGGUGCCAUCUCCGCGCUGCCCAGCACCCUUGCCCAACUGGCGCUGCGCGACAAGCAGCAGGCUGCGGCGGCGACAGCGACGUCGACCGCGUCCUCUGCCACGAGUAACGGUGGCAGCGAGUCCUCGCUGGGCGGCCGACCGCCUAACCAGCCGCCCAGCGUGCCAGUGUCCGCCAGCAAGCUGGACAGCUCGGCCAGCGGCGCCUCCAACGGCGACUCGAACAAGCUCACCCACGACCUGCAGGAGAAGGAGCACCAGCUGCAGAAGCCGCAGAAGCCGCCGCUCCCGGUGCGCCAGAAGCCGAUGGAGAUCGCCGGCUACGUGGGCUUCGCCAACCUGCCCAAUCAGGUCUAUCGCAAGGCCGUCAAGCGGGGUUUCGAGUUCACCCUGAUGGUGGUGGGCGCCAGUGGGCUGGGCAAGUCCACGCUGAUCAAUUCCAUGUUCCUGUCGGACAUCUACAAUGCCGAACAGUAUCCUGGACCGUCGCUGCGCAAGAAGAAGACCGUGGCCGUGGAGGCCACAAAGGUAAUGCUCAAAGAGAAUGGCGUCAAUCUCACCCUCACCGUGGUGGACACCCCGGGCUUUGGCGAUGCCGUGGACAACAGCAACUGCUGGGUGCCCAUCCUGGAGUACGUGGACAGCAAGUACGAGGAGUACCUGAACGCCGAGUCUCGUGUCUACCGCAAGACCAUCUCCGACAGCCGAGUGCACUGCUGCCUGUACUUCAUAGCGCCAUCAGGGCACGGCCUGCUGCCCCUGGACAUUGCCUGCAUGCAGAGUCUGUCCGAUAAGGUGAAUCUGGUACCAGUGAUCGCCAAGGCGGACACCAUGACGCCAGACGAGGUGCAUCUGUUCAAGAAACAGAUCCUCAAUGAGAUCGCGCAGCACAAGAUCAAGAUCUACGACUUCCCCGCCACGUUGGAGGACGCGGCCGAGGAGGCGAAGACCACGCAGAAUCUGCGUAGCCGAGUGCCAUUCGCGGUGGUGGGUGCUAAUACCAUCAUCGAGCAGGACGGAAAGAAGGUGCGGGGCCGACGCUAUCCCUGGGGCCUCGUCGAGGUGGAGAACCUGACGCACUGCGACUUUAUAGCUCUGCGCAACAUGGUCAUACGCACCCACCUGCAGGACUUGAAGGACGUCACGAACAACGUUCACUACGAGAACUAUCGCUGCCGAAAGUUAUCCGACCUGGGCUCAGGGGAGAGCAAGGCUAGGCUGUCCAACAAGAACCCCCUUACUCAGAUGGAGGAGGAGAAGCGGGAGCAUGAGCAAAAGAUGAAGAAGAUGGAGGCAGAGAUGGAGCAGGUGUUCGACAUGAAGGUCAAGGAGAAGAUGCAGAAGCUCAGGGACUCGGAACUGGAGCUGGCGCGGCGCCAUGAGGAGCGGAAGAAGGCACUGGAGCUGCAGAUUCGUGAGUUGGACGAGAAGCGGCGGGAGUUCGAGCGCGAGAAGAAGGAGUGGGAGGACGUGAACCAUGUGACGCUGGAGGAGCUCAAACGACGCAGUCUGGGGGCCAACAGCAGCUCCGACAAUGUGGACGGCAAGAAGGAGAAGAAGAAGAAGGGUCUGUUCUAAGUCAACCCGCUCAAAAAACCACAUCCCCCAUUCCCAUUCCCUUUACCGCAAAUCCCCUCUCCUCUUCGAUAUACUUAAGCGCUAAUCUCGAGAACAAACAGAAAGUAACCCCUAGCGUAUCCUACACAUAAACCUAACAUUUCUAGUAAUACGAAAAAGUGCAUAAUUAUAUAUAUAUAUAUCUAUUGUUGGGCCCCCAGCCGCCCCACAAGGCUUCAAUUCGCACAGCAAUCGUCCUGCGACGGCGGUUGCCUUUGUUUUCUACCAUACUUUAAAGUUAAAACGAAAUACAUAUUACAUAUUACAUAGCAGUUGCAGUAUUCUAUCGAUAUAUACAUGUAUCCAUGCAUUCACUUGACGAGAGACAUUUGCUAGCCUAAUGAAUUGAACACGCAAUCGAAUUAAAUCGAGCCAGAAACAAAACGGUAUUUACAAAAUACUUAAAUAUCUUAAAGCUAAAAUAAAAUAUAAAGAAAAAAACCCACACCUAAGCAGAAAGUACGAGUACGAGGCGAAAUUGAUCCUAAAAUUAAUUAUAACGAAUAACGAAACCAUGUAUAACGUAUAUGCUAUUGAUAUUGUAAUUGUAUUUUACCUAUUAUGCAUAAAGUCAUUAAACACCCGAAACAAACA